AUGAAUUUGUACAUUGGACCAGUCAAGGCUUGCAGACGAAUUGUGCCAUAUUGGGUAAGAAAUGCAAGAAUAAUCGACGAGUAUCUCAUCGAAUGUGAUUAUGCCGUUCAUGGAGACGUCGGAAAGUUUUCGGAAAUAUUCUUCGAAGAAUAUGCACUACCGAAUAAUCAAGUGUAUCCGACAUUUGGAAAAUAUGGGAACAAGAACAAAAAAAGGGAUAACCGUAAAAUGGGAGAUAACAAAGACACGGCGAUGUUGCAAAUGAUGAAAUUGCUGCAAGAGCAAAUGGAGUUAACGAGGAUUCAGGCGGAGGAAGGGAGGAAGCAAACGGCAAAGUUUGCGGAGUUGGUGGAGCGAUUGUCCGGAAACGCGCAACAGUCAACAAAGUUGGAAAAGGUAGAGGUUAGCGAGGCUUCCAUUAUAGCAUCAUUAGCUGAGCGGAUACCAACAUUCGAUUUCAAUCUUGAGGAUAAUCGCACGUUUCCGAAAUGGUACAAUCGUUAUUCAGAAAUGUUAAAAGGAUUAUCGGAAGACGGGAAGCGCCAACUGCUAUUGGAGAAGCUGUCUGAACCCUGCUAUGAGCAACUGGUGGCUGCGCUAAGACCGAAAAGAUGCAUUGAGCUAAGCCCGAGUGGAAAGGUGGAGACCAGCGAACAAAGCAGACAAAUCGGAGCAGGAGUCGGCAACAAAGAAAGGUAUCGAAGACCAGGGAAUGCUGGAACUGUGGUGAAACAGGGCAUUUCAAGAAGGAAUGUCGUAAAUCCGCUGCAAAACCCAAAAGGACGUUUAGCGUCGGUAAAGGGCCAGUGGAUUGAUUUCCAAGUGGAUACCGGAGCCGACAUUACCUUGAUCGGUAGAGUCGAGUGGGAAAAGUUGGGAAAACCAACUUUGGAAACAGCUGACGCCAAAGUCAUAUGUGCAAAUGGAUCCACAAUGGAAAUAGACGGUCGAUUCCAUACUGAUUUUGAACUAAAAGGAUCCACCGGUCAAGGUUGGAUAUAUGUUCGAAAAGAAGGAAACCUGCUUGGAUUAGAUUUUAUCAAUCAAUCCGAACAUAUGGCGUACCAUAUGGAGCGAAUGGUAAGCCAGGUCGAAUCUGUAAAAAAGGAUUGGGCCAAAGAGUUACAAACAAGAUUCCCAACCGUGUUCCAGGAAGAGCUGGGAACUUGUGUCAAGGAGAAGGCCCACCUGGAAGUGAAAGAAGGGGACGAAGACAUCGUAAUCGCCGAAGUCAAGGUGUUAAAUGUGGAUUAUUUGGCUGAAGGGGAAGCGACAGCUACGGAUAAGGUGUUGAAAACUGUCAUCAAAUACUGGAAAUCGAAUAAUUGGCCAAGAAGUAAUCAAGUCGAUGAAACGAUAAGACCGUUUAUCACGAGGAAAGAUGAUAUCGCAGUCACUGAAGGAUGUGUGUUAUGGAAACAUAGAGUUGUCAUCCCAGAAUUAUUGCGAAACCAGCAAUUAGCCCGAACAUGCGUAUAUUGGCCAAAGAUCGAUGAAGCAUGCACCGAAACGAAGUCAGUUUACGACGCAGUGCAAGAGUUCGGAAACCCAUCGUACGAUUUGAUCCCAGUCCACAAUGAAGACCCAACUUAUAUCAGUCAGCAGCCAUAG